AUGUCUGCUUCCGUUAGCACACCAACGACGGCAGCUGCCUACAAUAGUACUACCCCACGCAGUACGAACGGUUCGGCUCUCAAGGCGCGCCCUGGGCUGCUGCCCGAGUUUUCCUUGAAGGACAAGGUCGUCGUUAUUUCAGGUGGGGCCCAAGGACUCGGUCUCGUACAGGCCGAAGCUAUACUGGAGGCGGGGGCAAGAGUACACAUUUUCGACAGACAGGCCGAACCAGGUCCCGAUACGGCGUACGCCAGGGUGGCACAACGGGCAUCCGAGGAGCUAGGCAGCCCGUUGACCUACCAUCAGGUAGAUGUACUCGCUGGAGCUCCCAAGCUUCAGCUGAUUACCGAGGAGAUCGUCGCCAGGGAGGGACACAUCGACGGAUUGAUCGCAGCAGCCGGCAUCCAACAGGAAACCUCAGCUCUGGAUUACACGGCCGAUGACGCAAACCGCUUGCUGGGCGUUAAUGUCACCGGUGUCCUCAUGACGGCGCAAGCGGUAGCGAAACGGAUGUACGAGAGCGGCCGCCCCGGAAGCAUCGUCCUGGUUGCCAGCAUGAGUGGAACUAUCGCAAAUCGCGGACUGAUUUGCCCAGUAUAUAAUGCCUCCAAGGCUGCCGUAAUCCAACUAGGGCGCAAUUUGGCUAUGGAGUGGGGUCCAAACAAGAUCCGGGUCAAUACCCUCUCGCCGGGCUACAUUGUCACGAAAAUGGUCGAGAAGCUGUUCGAGGAGUACCCCGAGCGCGCGGUCGAGUGGCCCAGGCAAAAUAUGCUCAAUACGCUCAGCAAGCCGGAGGAUUACCGCGGCGCGGCCGUGUUCCUGCUCAGCGACGCCAGUCGCUUCAUGACGGGGGCGGACCUGCGGAUCGACGGCGGUCACGCAGCUUGGUAG